UCAGACAUUUAUCUAGUGCACACAUCUGUCUGCUGUCUCUCUAUCACUUGAUCUGGACAGAACCACUCGUACACUCGCUCAUCUGUCUCUGUCUCUUUGUCUCUCUCUUUGUGCUGUGCCAUUAGGUGAUCACAGUAAUACAAUAACUGGACUUUUACAACCACCUCACAUUCAAACAAGUGUCGCUCAGGAUCAGUGGAAGAGGAAAAAGUGCCUUGCUCAUUCAGAGCACUUCAACUGCAACUUCUGACGAAGGGAGCAGUCCCUUCUUAAGAAUCCUUCGGGUCAUAAUCCAGCUGCAUCUCCCUGUUUCUGCAUCCAAAUACAGGUAAAGUGCGUGAAAGUCUCUCACAGACAUACACAAGUAUUUGUAUUUAGUUCAAUUUAAAAACAUUCAGAUAAUUGUAUCCCUGUCUUGGUGAAAAAUAGUCCAUUGAGAUGUUUCUACGCUGCAAAAUCUCCACUGAAACUUACAUUUGUGACAUUUCUUCAGUGCAUCUCUGAGUGCUCAGCAAUGAUGUACAGUAUUUGGCAUAAAAGGGAACUUUUUACGCCUCAAAAUUAUUGCAUAUAAUUAUAAAUUCAUUAUGGCAAUAGGAUUUGCACAAUGAAGUUAGAGGACAAUAGCAGGUUUCUGUAGUCUGGAAGAAGGUGAUGGAGAAUCUUCAAUAUCAGUUAUUUCACUGGAAAUCUAAUUCAUUUUAAAGUAAUAGUUUGUGUGUUCAUUAAAAGAGUGAUGUCCCAAUGUGAACUAUUAAUAUGCUGACUGGCAAACUCUUAUAAAGUUUUCUAAGAUUUAUUUCUAAAGAGUUAAAGUUCAUCCGAUUGACAUCCUCAGGUCAGCGGAUCAUCGUUAAUUAUUUUACAAGAACAGCAAAAAAAAGAAUGUGUGUGUGUUAUCAAGACAGGAUACAGGACAAUACUGAGUUCUGGAUGUAAUGGGUGUGCACACAGACACACACACACAAAACAAAGGUCAGACGAAAGUCUAUACAAGGAAGUAAUAUUGUUAUUCAUGAUGUUGGCAGCACUUGAGAAAUAUGUAUACACACACCAGUCCUAAAGCGGUAACAAGUACAGACACACACACACACACACCAAUAGACAUAACAACCUAUCUUUGUGGGGACACUUUCUCUCAGCCUUGCAACUUUAAAGGACUUUUUUAGCCCGGUUAAGACCUGCUUUUACUUAGUUGUGAUGAUAAAGCAUAGGGUAAGGGGCUAGGAAAUGCAUAAUGUGAAUAAUGUGUCCUCGCUAAGAUAUAAGAACAAGUUUGAGUGACCUUGCAGGAUAUAAAUACAAGUACACACACAGACACACACAGUUUGUUUAAAGUAAGAAGGUUUCACAAAAACAGGAUGGGAGGGCCAAAUGAAGGGCAUUUCAUUAAAAAAAAAGGGGGACACUUGAAAGUAAAAAUUUGAAAUUAUCCAGCUCUAAAAAUGCAGUUUUAAUUACUCAUCUGAGAUUAGGAUGAUUUGUGCAACAGAAAUUAUGACCUGGUAAUAAUCCACCAGCAUCUCAAACCGUGGAUUUUGGUUUAAAAACAUGUAGUUGGAGAAUAGUUGAUAGAUAGUGAUGAUGCGUGGUGGUGCACAACGAGUGAUUAGACAUGAGGCCAUCACAUACUGGCACCAAGAAUAUACAAUCCAGCCAAUGAGAUUAUAAUCCAGUUUAGUGUUAGUCAUGUUGGAAGGUGAAAGAAAAAUCUAUAGUCUUUUGUGAAACUGGUCUCCUCUAUCAUCCUGAACAACUCUGCCAGAAACACAGCAAAUACAGAUCAUCAGAUAUCCACCUCGCUUGAAUUAAACUGUUCUCAUGUCAAUGCUGCUGUCCUGGUGUUACUUAAUGUCACAGGGAUUUUAGUUUUAGCACCUGGGAAAUUGUCGUUUUAAAGAAGUUGUUUGUGGAUAUUAUCAAGUCCAUGGAUUGUCAACAAGUUGGACUUAAGAUAAAUCAUCUUGAUUUAAAUAUAUUAAAUCACUAUUUCCUGGUUUACAAUCAUUUAACUCCACUAUAUGAUGUAGAAUAUUUUUAAAAAGUAAUAUUGAACUUUUUCUGAGCAAGAUUUCACAUCGUUGUGAACACUGCUGGGCGUAGGCUUAUUUAAAAGUGUGUGUGUGUGUGUGUGUGUGCGUGUCUUAUCUUAAUCCUGUGAUGCUCUCCCUCCACCACUGCCCUGACCCCAUUAAUAAAAAUGUCUGUGCCCAUGUCUUAGUUUAGCUUCUCUCUCAGUUCCCACACUCGUCAUCUGUCUGUCUCCAGGGAAGGAAAAAGUAGACAUCUACUGUAAACAAUGCUGCUUACCACACACACACACACACACACACACACACACUGCUAACCACCCACAAAAAUACGACAUUAAAAUACUUUUCCACAAAAUGUAGUUAUUUGUACAUAUCGCAGGUUUUUUUUCCAACAUUUCCACAUACUUCUCUUGGAGCAUAACGAUGGAUAUUUAUCUCCACAGUUGUAUGUAAACAAGCUUUGUUCCCUGAAUAUUAGCUGCUUCUUUACAAAGGGACCUGUAAGCUGUGUGAUCUCUGCGUGUUCCUCAGGUGAGUCCAGAGAAGAAGAGAAAAACCUGUGCUGAGCUUUUAUCAGCCAUGGCAGACUGGAGUCUUCUGGGAAACUUCCUGGAGGAAGUACAGGAACAUUCUACCUCUGUGGGCAAGGUGUGGCUGACCAUCCUGUUUAUCUUCCGCAUCCUCGUGCUCGGGACGGCUGCCGAGUCAUCCUGGGGAGACGAGCAGGAAGAUUUUAACUGCGACACAGAACAGCCAGGCUGCGAGAACGUCUGUUAUGACCGAGCGUUCCCUAUAGCACAUAUACGAUACUGGGUGCUCCAGAUUGUGUUUGUGUCCACUCCCAGUCUGAUCUACAUGGGCCACGCCAUGCACACUGUUCGCAGGGAGGAGAAGAGGAGGAACAGAGAGGAGGAGGAUGAAGACGGAGGUGAGGGAGAGGACGACCCAGGAGGGGGUGGAGGAGGAGGAGGGAAAAAGGGCGGUCAUGCAGAGAAGGAUGAUGAGAAGGACAAACGAGAAGGUUCAUCAGCUGGCCGGGUUCGUCUGAGGGGAGCUCUGCUACAGACCUACGUGCUGAGUAUUCUGAUUCGAAGCAUCAUGGAGGUGGUGUUUCUGUGUCUCCAGUACUUCCUGUAUGGAAUCUUCCUCCACCCUCUCUAUGUCUGCAAGGCCUGGCCUUGUCCACACCAAGUCAACUGUUACGUCUCCAGACCGACAGAGAAGAAUGUCUUCAUCGUGUUCAUGCUGGCCGUGUCCGCCGUGUCUCUGGUCCUCAGUGUGCUCGAGCUGCAUCACCUGGCAUGGAGACACUGCUGCAGGAAGAUGUUUCUCACGAGGAAAGCCGCCACUCCUGCUGAAGCCUCUCUGAGCCGACAGCUCUCGCUGUCUCCUCCACCACCAACGACACCACUUCCAGACUUCUCCCAGUGCAUGAUUGGCUCCUCACACUUCCUGCCUUUGCCGUUCCCUGCCCACCGUCUGGCCAACCAACAAAACUCAGACAACAUGGCCACUGAGAAGAACAAAAUCGCAGCCGCAGUAGAGGAGGUAAACCUCCUGCAGAUGAGCUGCUACUCGACCGGGUGGCAGAACGCCAGUCCAAAUCAGAUCCAAGAUGGAGGAUACCUGAGGUCUGACACUAACUGCUACAGCCCUCACAGCCACAACAGGGGACCAGAGGGGCUGCAGCUGUGUUCCAAUGGAGGACUCUGUCAGAAGGACAAGAGGAGAUUCAGUAGAUCCAGUGGAGCAAGCAGCCGAACGAGAGCGGACGACCUCUCAGUUUAGAAAGAAGUCAAAUUCAACAUCUGCGUACAAAAAAAAACACCCCAACGACAUGAAUAUGAGCCUUUUACACCAGGCUAUUAUACACACACGGCGUGUGCAGACUACCUGUUUACCAUGAACUCUAAUUUAGUCUAUUGGCCUUUGUUUUCCUGUUUAGUCUCCACUGAGCCACUGAAAAGAGUGACCCUGUCCUCAGAUCAGGACUACUCAUCAGACUAUUACACACUGUGAGACAAAUAUUGGACAAACCACACGUCGCAAUUGUUUCCACCAACUUUCACGGGCUUUUGGGGCCUGAAGGUCCACGCUACAAGAAGGCCAACCGUUGCACACGUAGGCCACGGCCAGCACAUUACACUGUUUAUUAUUAUUAUAAUAUGCAGUGACAUUUGCGGUGAUAUACAGCAGGCGAACAGGAUAUCUUAAUGAGAUGUCAGCUUUAAAAAACAUCUCAUUGGUCUUUUUUGAUGGCUAAAAAUGGAGAUAUCCUCACGUUUAUUUACUAAUCACUGCUGUGUACUGGCUGUUUUACAGUGGAUGAAUUCACACAGGAAACUUGUAUCCGCGGAGGUCACGACACGGGGUGACGGGGGGGUUUCGGAACGUUUUUGAUCCCCAAAUCAAACAUGUUUUACCUGUGGUCUGAGCCCAAUGCACUGACUGACUGAAUACGACUGUGGUAACAAAGCAAUAACUGCUUUUUUAAACUUGUUUAUAUAGAUAAUUCCUUCCAUGUGUGGUAAACUGGAAUACUAACAGUGAGUCUAAUUUACAGUAUUAUGGUCAUUUCUCAUUAUGGCUGUGACUACAGUGAUGAUACAGUGUGAUUGACAGUCAGAUUGUCAUGCAGUGUAAUGUACUUUGGCAACUGUGUGACAAAUUCCACUUUUCUACACAUUAUAAGUUGAUUACUGUCAUUACUGAUGAUUUCAUUUUUUUCCACCUACAUUGUACUUUUAUAUUUAUUAUUCCUUUGAAUGAUGAGAAUGUGUGUUUAUAAAUGCUCUGCAGGUAAAACCAUGAACAAUGUGUUCACCUAAUGCUGAAAGAUAUUGAGUAUAAUUGCCUUAAGUGUUUGUUUUUCUAAUUAAAUGUGCAGAAUUUGCUAGUAGCAGUCGAUGGAUUGCCAUGAUAUUAAAGAAAACUAUAAAAUCUGACGAUUCACA